AUGGAUGCCAAAACCCUAACCCCUGAGGCGUGCGAGGACGCGGACGCAGCCGCCGCUGCGCCCCAAACCCUAGCCGCCGGGGAGCUCGUCUGGGCCAAGCCCUCCAAGCCCCGCCGGCACUGCUGGUGGCCCGCGCGCAUGCUCGCCGCGUGCCCCGCCUCCGCCGGCGCCGUCCGCGACGCCCAAGUCUCCUACUUCGUCGACCCCGCCGUCUUCGGCGCGCCGUCGGCCCCUCCCGCGCGGGUCCGGCGCUUCGCCGACGCCGACGCCGACCUGAUGGCCCGCGGCAGCAUCUCGCGCGGAUUCUUCGGGGCCGUCGAGGAGGCUCAGGCGCACGCCGUCGCGGCCCUGCGCGCCCAGCUCACCUGCGCCUGCGUCCCGCCCCCGCCGCCCGGAGCGGAUUGCAGCGUCACCGGAGUCGCCAACCUGGCGCCCGCGGAGUUCCUGGCGGCGCUCCGUGAGGCCGCAUUGGACGUCUCCUCUGUCGGCCUGGUGGACCGCGCCAGGCUCAAGAGCUGGGUCGGCGCGGUCGGGGAGGGGUGGGGUCCGCAUGGCGCCCAGCACUACCCGCGGCGCUGUCCGGACGACCUUGUGGACAAGAUCGAUCUUGAUGUGCCCGCUGGCGAAGACAGAGAUGCUGAUGAUUGGCUUGCCGAGGACCAGCACAAGGCAUUGGAGAGGCCGGAGGAGACACCCAAGCAGAAGAAGCGCAGUGUCAGCAAAAUGAUGGACAAGUGGGAUUCAGCGGAGGAUGAGAGCAAGAUUGACAGUGCUGAGCAUGUAACCUCAGGAAAGCGAGAGCGGAAGAAGAGUAAGUACCUGUCGCCACCAUACACCAACUUGGGUAUGGUUGACAGGAGUGCCCGUAAACCGGUUGAUCUGCCAAAGGCAUUGGUUCCCAAAGCUGCUGAAGAUGGCAGAAAUGUGUCGCCAUUGCCAGGCAGCAUUGUUGUGGAAGAUGUCCUGCUGCUGGUGCGAGGCUUAGGAGAGGUUCCCAACCAUAUGGACGAUUUUCCAAAUGAUGCUGAGGAAUUUCUACGUUUGUUUAGAAGCACGACAUUCAUUCACGGUGCUGACUAUAAGUCUUGUAAGGCACAUGAAAGUCCACUCAUGCAUGGCUCUAGAAAUGUUGGCAUGGACAUUGCUGUGGGUCUAGUCUCUGGUUCACAUGCUGUUCUGAAACAAGGCAGUUGUGUGUCAAAGAGGGGCAGGAAAAAGGAUGAAGCUGGGAGUGGUGGCUCUUCCAUCAAGAGGAAGAAGCGGGUGAAGACCUCUCCUGCUGCUACAAUUGGCGCUGGUAUACCAAUCACUCCUGCUAUUCCUAUCAGGCAAGUGAAAGCAGAAGAUAUAAGAACCCUAAUGAAGGCGGGAAGUGGUCCAAGGGGUAUAGGAGUAGGCGUUAAGAAUGAGCAGGGCAAACCAUCACCUUUGAAAGUUCCUAUUUCAGCCGCGGAUCCUGGGGUAGCGGAAUCAGGACAUGAACGGGCCCAAGCAAAUGUUCUGGCUGUGGGCAAUACGUCGCCUGAACAAUCCGCAAAAGAAAAUGAUGCAGCUAACUUGGAAGCAACAAGUUCAGAAAUGAAUAUGCAAAAUGUUACUGUAGAUGUGCCUAUCAGAAGUGUUCAGACAGAAGCAAUGGAAUUGCAAGCUAAUAAUCCCAUAGAAGUGAGUGCACAAACCGUUGUUGUAGAUGUCCCUGUCGGACGUGUUUCUAAGGAAGCAACAGAGCCAGAAACAUGUGUACACAAGGACAAGAAUGUGCAAAGCGAUGUUUCAGAUGUGCCUGACAGAAUUGUUUCUAAGGAACCAACAGAGUUGGAAACUGAUAAUAAUCACAUAAACGAGAAUGUGCAGAGUGUCGCUGCAGAUGUGUCUGACAGAAGUGUUUCAAAGGAAGCAACAAUGCCCGAUGCUGAUAUUCGCAUACAUGAAAAUCUGCAAAAUGCUGGAGAUUUGUUUGUCAGCAGUGGGCUGUCUCCUAUGCAUGAAGACAUGUCUCAGACUGUGGAUGGAAAUAAAGAGCCUGGGGGUGUAGAAGUUUGCACAGUCCAGCAAUCUUAUGCUUCUCUGCAAGCUAUGGUGCCAGAAAUGCUUCAUAAAGUUAACACUAAUGGUGCAGAUACAAUAGGUGUGAAUGAUACACUCAAAGAUGAGUUUCAAAAGGAUGGACAAUCUGUCAAGAAAGUGGAGCUACCUGAAGAAGUGGCAAAUCAUUCCUGUGCUGAAGGUAUCAACGGGACUUGGCUGGACCCUGCUAACCUUACUCCUAAGAAAAAGAAGAAGAAAGCUGCACAGCACUUCAGCAAUCCAGCAGCCGUUAUCGUGGAAUUUGAACGUGGUGCCACUGUUCCUUCCAGACAGGAGCUACUCUCCACAUUUGGCAAGUACGGCUACUUGAUCGAGUCUCAGACUGAUAUUUCAGAAACUACCCGCAGUGCUUGUGUUGUGUUUGGGAAAAGCAUUGAAGCUGAGGAGGCGUACAAGAAUGGUUGUCAGUACCUUCUUGGUCAGUUUGGGCCUCCGUUUGCUAAACUAAGGCUUGAUUUCUCUCCAAUCAAGUUGACUCUGCCUUCACCGUCUCUUGCUUCAAAGCCUCCACUCCGAGAUAUUAGGAAGAACCUUGAGGAUAUGAUUUCAGCCCGUCGUUCGGCUUUGAACAAGGCAACCUCAUCAGAUGGGCAGCUGAAUCCAGAUAAGCUUCUGGGGGAGAUGCAGGGCCUUUUGGCAAAAGUUGACAGGAUGCUUACUAGGCCUCCUGCUAAUGCUCCUUAG